AUGUACGUGAAGCAGUCGGCCUUACCUGGAUCUAUCUAUCUAUCUAUCUAUCUAUCUAUCUAUCUAUCUAUCUAUCACCAAACACACGCAUGCACACACACAGAGGCACUGAAUCUCAGUCUGCAUCUAUCUAUCUAUCUAUCUAUCUAUCUAUCUAACACAAUCUCUUCAUAUCUGUAUCACUCUGACAAUAUCUCUCUAACCCAGUCACUUUAUAUCUAUCUCAAUCGGUCAAUAUCUAUCUAUCUAUCUAUCUAUCUAUCUAUCUAUCUAUCUAACACAGUCACUUUAUAUCUAUCUCAGUCGGUCAAUAUCUAUCUAUCUAUCUAUCUAUCUAUCUAUCUAUCUAUCUAUCUAACACAGUCUCUUUAUAUCUAUCUCAGUCGGUCAAUAUCUAUCUAUCUAUCUAUCUAUCUAUCUAUCUAUCUAUCUAUCUAUCUAUCUAACACAGUCUCUUUAUAUCUGUCUCAGUCUGUCAAUAUCUAUCUAUCUAUCUAUCUAUCUAUCUAUCUAUCUAUCUAUCUAUCUAUUUGUCUGUCUGUCAAUUUGUCCAUCGUGUUAGACUAUUUAAUAUUGAAUCAUAAAAUAGACAUUCCCAGGUGUAUCAAAACAGAGCGAACUCAGACUUCUUCUAAUUUAUGUUGUACGCUUGAUGUAAAAUAUGCCAUCGUAUUUGGGUAUUUAUAUUUCCAGGGCAUGUGCGAAUUUUAUGCUCCAAAGCACCCGUCUCUGAUAUGA